AUGUUCAACACCACUGUGAAUCCCACCACCAACCUCUACAUGAACUCUACCAUCCCUGGUGGCCCCCGUGAACCUCCACCAUGGUACCAAUACCCAGUAUGUGCCGUGGCCCCGUACGGCUUCAUUUUCUACUUUGGGGUCAAGGUGUUCAACCUGGCAGUGGGGACGCCCUGUAACAUCCUGGUCAUCUGGCAGAUUGCAACCAGGAAAAGUGACUCGUCCACCUCUGACAUUUUCAUCUUUAACCUGGCCAUCUUAGAUGCCUACUUCUGCCUAAUGACGCCCAUAGAGAUGGUUAACCGGCUGCUGCUAGAUGACAGUCGCAUUUGGUACUCUCAGAGGUUCGCCUAUGGGAUCAAGGAUGUAGCACCACUCUUUCUGGUGUGUAUCUGUCUAGACCGCUACGUAGCCGUGGUCCACCCAGUACUGUUCACUGGUAUCCGAGACAAUAAGAUCCGCAUUGGAAUUUCAGUGGUGGUCUGGGGCCUCAUCCUGGCUUACGGCCUCACCAAGUGCACCCUGGGAGUCAUGAGCGUCAAUGAGGUCUUCAGCGGUGUCAUCCUCUUCGCCUUUGCAGUCAUGGUCUUCUGCAACCUUUCCGUCAUCUGGGUCCUUAGACGUUCUGUGGCGGGAAAGGAGGAGAUGCACCCAGUGAAGAGGAAGGCCUUCAAGAUGGUCCUGAUCAUCCUGGCCAUCAUUGUGGUCAACUACCUGCCGCCAGUGGCUCUCAUGCCCUUCGUGUCGUACUACUCGUUCGUGGCGUUCCGCUGCCAGAUCAGCAUCAGCGUGUUCUCCAUCAUGGAUCUGAGCUGCAGCGUCGAGCCUCUCCUCUACAUCACCAAGAUGGAGCGCGUGGACGGCAGGUGCUGUGGGCGGAGUUUCUCUAAGAAGCCGCAAGAUGUCAAGGUGUGA